AUGCUCGAAUCACUGGAGGUUGAAGUUAUGAUUGUAAUUGUUGACAGCGAGGAGGACGAGUCUGUGGUGCUCAAUGAGAACGACGAUAAACUGCUGACAGACGUGCUUGAAACACCAGAGGUCGUCGGGUCUAUAAUAGUGGACGAUGACAGCGAAGACGACGAGUCGGUGCUGCUCGCUGAAGACGACGAAGGCGAUGAACUGCUAGCCGAUGUGCUCGAAGCACUGGAGGUCGGAGUCAAAGUAGUGGUUGAUGACAAUGACGACGACGAGUCCGUGCUACUCGUUGAAGAUGACGAACUACUACUUGCAGACGAACUUGAGUCGCUGGAGGUAGGUGUUGCACUGCUUGAAGAUGAGAAUUCAGUACUACUAGUUGAGCUCGUCGAGACGCUGCUGGAGAAGCUCGAUAUGUCCGAUGUGCUUGAUGAAGAGCUGCUGGAAGAGCUUUCGGAUGACGUAGUACCUGGCGAGGAGCUUGGUGUCAUGGUGGAUGAUGAAGACAUGGAAGAGCUUGACAUGCUGCUUGUGGCAGGGACUUCUACCGAGGAAGUCGAGGAGCUGCUUGAUACCGUGGACGAGGUGCUUGAAGUGGCGGAGGGCUCAGUCGAAGUACUAGAUGAGCUACUCGAGCUCGUGAUGGAUACAUCGCUUGUGGUAGAUGACGAUGUGCUCGAACUACUGGACAAGCUGCUAGAUGAGCUGCUUGAGCUAGUAGACGAACUACUAGAUGUUGCAGAUGAAGAGCUGGAGGAACUGGAUACAGUCGGUGUACUUGACGAGCUGCUAGGCUCAAUCGACGAUGCUGAAGAGCUAGAGGAACUGGAUGAAGUUGGCGUAGUAGACGAGCUAGACGAGCUAGACGAGCUAGACGAGCUACUACUGUCGGUCGAGGAUACUGAAGAGCUUCCCGUGCUUGAAGUACUACUCGAGGUUGUGGAUGAAGAGGUAGGAGAACUGGUUAAAGUUGGCGUGCUAGACGAGCUGCUGGAUUCAGUCGAGGAUACUGAAGAGCUUCCUGUGCUGGACGACGACGUAGCCGAGCUCGAAGAACUAUCCGUGCUCGAGGAUGACGAGAUGGUAGAGCUAGUGCUGCUAGAAACACUACUGGACACCGAAGACGAGGUAACCAUGCUUGAAGUUGAGGAGCUCAUCGAAGACGAUGGUGUGAUGAUUGGGCAAGAUGUUCCGGUAAUUGUAACGCUGGUAUACGUUGUAGUCUCAAUAUCUGUCACAGUCUAG